UAACUUAACUCUAUCACAGCUGCUAGAAGGACAGGAGAGCAAUGGCUGAUACCAUAGCCGAUACAAGAAGGCUCUUCACGAAGCCUCAGAACUUAAACGACGCUUAUGGACCUCCGAGUAAUUUUCUAGAGAUUGACGUGAGCAACCCUGAGACCAUCGGGGUCGGCAGGGGCAGAUACACAACGUAUGAAGUCAGACUGAAGACCAACCUUCCCAUCUUCAAGCUCAAGGAGUCCAGUGUACGGAGGCGGUACAGCGACUUUGAGUGGCUCAGAGCGGAGCUCGAGAGGGAGAGCAAGGUGGUCGUCCCACCUCUCCCAGGAAAAGCUCUUAUCCGGCAGCUUCCGUUUCGAGGGGAUGAUGGGAUAUUUGACGACUCUUUCAUAGAGGAGCGGAGGCAUGGUCUGGAACAGUUUCUCAAUAAAGUGGCGGGUCACCCUCUUGCUCAGAACGAACGCUGCCUGCACAUGUUUCUACAGGACGAGUCCUUGGACAAGAGCUACACCCCAUCCAAAAUCAGACAAGCCUGAUCAAAUAAAAAGAUGGCUCCGCUGGGCCUGGUCCGGUCCAGUUCGGUCCCCAACAACCCAAAGCUCUCUUCACUGCUCCAGGUUCCUCUCAGACAAAAAUAUAUAAAUAAAUACAUCUAAAUGACAACAUUCCCUCCCCGCGCCCCACCAAAGCAAUGUCAUUCACAGCCUCUUUCAGUUGAAUUAGUGAUCCUGAUAGGUGUUGGUUUUUCACCUUCUAAUUGGAGUCAAGAAUGUUCGACACAUAAGUGUGGUUAAAAAGUAAUUUAUGGUUAUAUCUCUUUAUGUCUGGAACUGCCACUAACAUGGAUAUAUUAUGUAUUUAUCAUUUAGGUAUAUGUCUUGAAUAUAUUCAUUUAUAUAGUAACAUUGAAUGAGCGUUCUAUGUAAGCAAAGCUCUUGUAAAGACACCAAGCAUUUCCCCUCAUUUAAACAUAUAUACAUAUAUAUAUAUGUAUAUAUUUGUGUGUUUGUCCUAAUACUGGCAUGUUGCUCACCAUAACUAGCAACAUAACACACAAACACACGCACACACUUGUAUUUGAUGGGCCUUGACUUUCAAAUCUCACUUAAAAAAGGAAGCACGUGUGUGUGUGUAUGUCAACCAGCACCUGCCCAGUUGUCACAGUGAUUUUCUAGUAAGAAAGAAGUAAUUUACACAGAGGGAACUGCAGUAUUUCUACUGGCUUAAUGCAUUUUGAGAUUUGUAUACUGCUGUGCCAUUUUUGUUUAUUUUGAAGAUUUUCCAAUAAAAUAGGUGAAAUGUC